AUGGAGAUGAUAGAGCACAAGUACGUACAAGUCAACGGUCUGAAGCUCCACGCGGCGGAGAUCGGUCGCGAGUCGUCUCCGGCGGUGGUGUUCCUCCACGGAUUCCCGGAAACCUGGUACUCGUGGCGGCACCAGAUGAUGGCCGUCGCCGGAUCCGGGUACAGAGCGAUCGCCCCCGAAUACAGAGGGUUCGGACUGUCCGACCCGCCGCCCGAACCCGAGAAGACCACGUUCCUGGACCUCGACGCUGACCUCCUCGCGCUUCUCGAUGCUCUCAACCUCUCCAAGGUGUUUUUGAUUGGUAAAGAUUUCGGAGCUGCGGUUGUAUCCAUAUUCACCCUUCACCACCGUGACCGAGUAUUAGGCUUCGUGACAAUGGGUGUACCGUUCAUGCCCCCGCGCCCACCCACACACCAUCAAAACCUCCCCGAGGGCCUCUACAUCUCAAGAUGGAAGGUGCCCGGGCGUGCAGAGGCUGAUUUUGGUCGAUUCGAUAACAAGACGGUCGUUAGGAACAUUUACAUUAUGUUCUCCAGGAGCGAACUACCGGUUGCAAAAGAAGACCAGGAGAUCAUGGACCUAGUCGAACCAAACGCGCCCUUACCUUAUUGGUUUACCGAGGAAGACCUGGCGAUCUAUGGAGCCUCGUACGAGAAAUCAGAGGACUACAUUAGGAGUGGGAUGGCAAAAUCGUAUGCGCCCAAAUUGGAGAUUGCGUUCGUGCCUGAAGGAAGUCAUUUUGUUCAAGAGCAGUUGCCUAAUGAAGUGAACAGUCUCAUCCUUAACUUCCUCAAAAGCCACAGUUAA